GCCAUCGAGGCGGCACUUGGAGAAGAUAAUCCGACAGACGCCUUCCGACCCCUUGAAGCUUCGAUCGAUCGCAGAGUGAACGAAGCUGAAGCCCUGGAUGGACUUGCUGAGAAGAUCGAGAAAACCGCUCCCGGACCGGAUGCCCGGCACCUGAAACGUGGAGCCGAAAACCUGCUUGAUGACGUCAGAGCUCAUGGGAAGAAGGCGAGAACGGCACUGCAGGUCGCCCAGAAAAAGGCCGACCUCCACGCGCGGUUCAAGCGAUUGGCCGAUGAAGCCUAUGGUCUUUGCGCUGCCCGUGAAGCUGAUCUUGAUAGAGAUCAAGGGCAUUUGAAUCGAGAACGGCUUCAAGCGACUGGCCGAAAAAAGGACGAAGCCGAGCGCACGCCACGCAAGAAGACGAACCGCCUGGCGACGAGGCUAAACUCCUUAUACUCGGACCUCAACGACCUCAGACCCGAUCGGGCGCAGCGCAGAGAGAGCUGGAGCGCUCAGCGCGGGCAGUGCGAGGAGAUGGAGUCGGGCUCGGCGACCAGGACAAGGACCUGGCUGAUGUUUGGGCGUACUCUGGGAGGCCGCGAUCAAACCCGAUGCCAUCACGCCCGAACAGUUCGACAACAACCAGCAGCUAUCGACGACUUGAAGAGGGACGACAUCGACGGCAAGAUCGAAGCCGUUCAGAAGCUCUGCCAGCUCGGUCCUCGCCUCGCCGCCCUCGUCAGUGUCGAAGAAGCCGGGGCGCUUGAAGCCCAACUUACAGCUGCAACCGCAAAGCAUGGACAACUUGCCGACAGAACUGAACAAUGUCGGAUCGGGCUCGAGGCGAUGGCCGAGCAGGUGUCGAACUUUGAACAAGACGUCGAAGCGUUGGCUGAGUGGCUGACAGCUAUAGAGCAGGAUAUGGCUGAUGUUGAGGAGCUGCCGAUCAAUCCUGACGAGUUGUUGGAGCAGACAAAUUUGCUAUCGGUCGACGCCCUCGUCGCCGCCAGCUCCCAACUCCAACAGCUCGCCGGGCCACCCCGUGCCGACGAACUCUACGCACACACCGCCGAGAUGCAAAAGCGUGUCAACCAGAUUGCCGACCAGGUCAAUCGACGUGCCGAACGGCUCGAACUCGCUGACCGGGCAACCCGAGGAGUGGUAGAUGAACUCGACUACGCCUUGGAGUGGUUCAACGACGCCAAGGAGCGCGUGAUGCAUGCCGAGCCGUUGGCUAUUGAUCCGACGUACUUGAAUACGCAACUUCGGCAUCAGAAGGCGUUGAACGAGGACUUGCUGGAUCAGCAGGCAAAGUUGAGGAACACGGCGAUUGACUGCAGGAAGGUGGCCAGGCAACUUGGGUCUGAUGGGGGGCAGGAUGCGCUGCUACUUGAGAAGGCGGAAGUAGCCAUGCAGCUGAGCGACGAAGUCUCCCAACUCUGCAAGGAAAGAACAGAAAUUCUUGGCCAAACCCUCGCCCACGUUGACGAGAUCGGCCAUUCGUUCGAGGACAUGAACCGCUGGCUCGAUGAGGUCGAGCGAGACCUAGCCGGUCAGCCAUCCGUCACCACAGCAACGCCUUCGCAUGAGUUGGCCAAGCAGCAGCAGCACAACUUGGAACUCUCCGCUGUCAUCGCUGCCCAAACCCCCUUGGUCGAGCGCUUCGAGUACAACGUCAACUCCCUUGCCGAACUCGUCGGCCCGGCCGAUGUCCAAGCUCUGCGCCAAAUCUACGAUCAAAUUGUUGGCCGCUACAAUGACGUGAAAAACCAAGUGAAAUCAAGAGGAGAAGCCAUUGACAGUAUUCUGGAUGCGACAGAGGCAUUCGGCGAUCGUCUCGACGUCUUUUUGGCGACGCUGGAAGGAGCCGCAGAAUCGCUACGUCAGCCAGCAGCUGUGUCGGCAGAUCCGGGAUUGCUCCAGAAUCGCAUUGCGGAGAAUGAAGCGCUUUUGGACUCGUUGAGGGAGAAGGAAGCCGCCCUCGACGCGAUGAAGGAACGAGCAAACGAGCUGCUCGCCAGGGCACAGCCAGGCGAUGCUGCCGCUUCAGAAGUGGCCGCCAAGAUCCAGGCCCUCGAUCAGUUAUGGGGCGAAAUCGGAAGAGGUGCCGAGAUGCGCGGCGCGUUCCUCAACGACGCGCUCGCCAAGGCGCACCAAUUCUGGGCCGAGCUCGACGACUGCCAGAAGGCCAUCGACGACUUGAAGGCCCGCCUCGAGACCCUGGAGCCAGCCAUCGGACAACCAGAACGACUACGCGAGCAGCAACAAGGCCUCACCGAUAUCGAUGGGGCACUCUUCUCCGACAAGAGCCUCCACCUCGGCAAGGCCAUGGAGGAGGCCAUGCAGUUCCACGACGACCUGUCGGCGCUGCACGAGUUUUUGGAGGCUGCUGAGCAGCGCCUCCACUCUAUGGGCCCAGCCAAAAACGUGGCCGUCGAGGGAGAUCCAACCCAAGCUCGAGGAGCUCCAACUUUUCCGAGCCGAACU